GUGAGCGCGCGAGCGGAGAGCAACCGAAGUGUGCUUCGCGCGCACUGGUAUUACUUUGCGGCAUUUCAUCGAACACUGACAAUGCAUGCUUUACAGCGGCUUCGAUCCCUCUCUAUUUGCAUUUCUCGGCACCGCCUCCUCUCGACGCGCCGCCCGAACACCGGAGAGGACGAGUGGGAUGACGCCUGGGAGACGGCGUGGCUCCCCGAUGACCUAUCCGGGAAGUCUCCCCGCGCUCCCUGGGAAUCAGACGUUCAUUUCCCCUCUCCAACCGCUGUCCUCCCCUCUGACGUUGAUCCUGAUACCAAGGCGUUCGUUGCCGAGAUGGACGAGCGCUGGGCAGAGCGCCGCGAGGCCAAGAAGCAUCCACAGUCACAGACACAGACGCAGCCGGCGGCGGGAAGAGAUCGGAAGGAUGUGGAUGAGUAUAGGCUGAGGAAGCAGAGGAUUCAUUCAGGUUUGUGGAUGAAGGCGAUUGAGAGGAUGGAGGAGUUGAAGCUCGGGGACUCGGGCGCUGGCGAUGAUAUUGAUCGGCUUCUCGAUUCCUGCUCUGAGAUCUUUGAUUAUGGCAAUCUGGACCUGAAUGACGACGCCAAGAUUCCAGCGGCAUCUGAAUUGAAAACUAAACCUGAUGGGUGGGAGACGACAACUAAAACACAAGAAGGGAACAUAUGGGAGAUGACGCAGAGAGAGGAAGAUGUUCUCAUUCAAGAGUUUGAGCGACGACUUGCUUUCAGUAAAUUCCAGGUUGCAAGCUUCAUCAAAACACAUAUAUUUAGUCGACGGAGACCGAUAGAUGGAUGGAGUUAUAUGAUAGAGGAAUUGGGUCCGAAUGCGAGGAAAGGGAAAGGGAGUGUUCAGAGGAUGGUUAGUCUUGCUGAUCCAUCUACACAACCUUACAAGGAGGAGAAACCAGCUAUUGCACCUAAAUUGCCCUCCUACAAAGGAAGGUGAUAACUUAUGCAAACCAUGUUGAUAAAAAAUGGAACAAAACAAUAUUAUUAUUAUUAUUAUUAUUUUCUUUCUGGAUAAAUCAUUGCAGUUGUGAAACAAUAUGCUGCAACUCUCUCCCCCUUUUUUUCCUGGACCUGAAUUUUAUGUGUUGUAUGAUGGAAUUUAAUUAAGAAUUGCAGA